AUGACCAAAGUACUCUUCUUCUUCCUCGCCUUCCUCUUCGCGACAGCACUGUCAGCACCAGCACCAGAAGAACCCAAGGACCUGGACACCGGCGCCGGGGAGAAGGGGGACCUGCAGACCGCCGCUUCAGGCUGGGGUGGCUACGGCUGGGGCGGCUACGGCUGGGGCGGCUACGGCUACGGUCACGGUUUGGGCGGCUACGGCUACGGUUGGGGCUACCCCCACUACGGUUACGGUUGGGGCUACCCCGGCUACGGUUACUACGGCCACGGUUGGCCCUACUACCACGGCUACUGGUGGUAACGUGACACAGUGAGAUUUAACGAGGCUAUGAUAAUGAAACAGGUAUUUAUUGUUUUGUGUGAUAAUGUAUUUUUAAGAAUGUUUGAAGCAAAAAAAAAAAUAGAAAAUAAAAUACCGAGUGCGU